GUGCGGCGAAUGGGGAUUGUGUCCAUGUCUUGGCGAGCAGUCGACCGAAGGGAGGACCUUACUCGCUUUGGUAUAUGACCCGCAGCCAUGUAAUGGGCUUAGUGCGUGCAAGGGCGAAGUAGAAGUCAUGUCGUAUUGCAACAGCGCCAAGCAAAAAAAGCACAGCAAAUGGAAAGUGGCCCCCAGGGUGUAAGCCGAUAUUUUACCGCGGCACUAUUACCCAGGGAAGGGGAGGGAAUGAAAAAAAAGUGUGGGGCAGUUUUGCCUCCUAUUGGUCGGGCGAACCCAUAUGAAAAAAAGGGAAGGGAAGGGAAGGAGAGGUCGUCAUUCGCCAAUAGAAAAGAAACAAAACAACCAAGGCGAAGACGAAGACGAGGAAGAGGACGAGGGGGGGAGGGGGAAGGAGUUGUUGUUGUUGUUGUCUGAAGAAAGGGACCAUCGGGUUUCUUCACUCCUGCUGUUUACCACCGGAUUUGACCAGGGAUGGUUGGCGCUCCUGCUUUGCCCCGCUCCCCACUUCGCCCACGCACCUGCCCGCCCGUCCUAUGCCAUCCAAGCAGUCACCUGUGGAACCAUAUUCGCGCCUCGCAAUCCCCAUCCAACCCGUGGCCUCUUGUUCUUCUUUCUUUCCUUCUUCAGCACAUCCGCAGACACACCCUUUGCUUCUUUCCUCCCAACACACCGCUGCACAAGCACACAACGACUCAACCACACAACUACACACCUACACACCUACACACCUACACAACUACACCGACAUACCGAUACACAAAUCCACAAUACUCAGCAAUGGCCGCAGUAACGAGUGCCACCAAGAAUUCCCAUCGCUCCAGGGCAUCCGCCACCUUUCUCUUCCCAGACACUGCCGACUACCAUGAGCCCGCCUACUCCAGCACGGCCUCACCCAGGCUGCAGAUGCUCAGCGGCACCGGUUCUCCCUGUGGCGAAGGCUCGUGGAUUUCCCUGUCCGCCAAAGAGCUCCUCGAAGACGACUACUCUGAGGUCGAGUACUCUGACAUGGAUGGAGAGGAUGACAUGAUCUACGACACACCCCCAUACUACCACUACGAAGACGAGUACCCACCCCUCCAUCAGCAGACACUUCAGCAACAUCAUCUUCAUCACCCUUAUCAGCAGCUGUCCUCAUCAUCAUCGUCAUCACUUCAGAUGCAACAGGGCCGCCCGCUUGCCUUUGCAGGCAAAGGCGACUAUACUGGUCUGGCGUCCUCCUCCUCCGCCUCGUCAUCGCACCACUCAUUACAGGAGCAGGAGCAGGUCGAAGAGGCCCUUCGUGCAAGUCUAUCAACCUUGUUGGCCGCAGGACCAAGACCCCGGUUCAAGCAACGACGCAAUCGACCUAGAAAGAUCUAUACUGUCGACAGUAGAUCCCAGCGAUCGUCACCCCUCAUCCCAGCGUCCCCAACACAUCUGUACUACUCCACGACUGGCUCGCCUCAUCUGCUACCUUCGAAUCCAGAGUCGAUCCUCGGUGACCUAUCCCCUCAUUACUUUCAUGGAUCCUACACGCCUAGCUCAAGAGAAUACGAUAGUGCCUCCUCAGACUCGGAGGCCACGCGUCAGAAGAAGGCCUACCACCGAGGGAUCCUGUCCACCGGUCAGCCCACGCGUGAUCACUACUACGAAAUUGAAUCCACGACGCUCAAUAGUAAUGACCCGCCAUUUUCGGGCAGCACCACGCCACUGCUGUCGCCACCCAAGUUUCAAAAGACAUCAUCCAGUCCGUCUGAUCCAAUGGCAGACAAGGUGCUACAGGGCCCGUCGUCCUUGCUUGCCCCUAGAUAUGUAUCCUGGAGUGUCAAGGCUCAAUCAAUCUUGGAUCAUGCUGCAAAGAAAUCUUCAUACAAACCAGGCGAGGGACACGCAUCGGCGUCAUCUUCUCGGUCGUCCUCGCUCCAUUCAUCGCCCUCGACCUCUGGAACCUCAACCCCAUCACGGAUCAGACGGAAACGCUGUCCUAUCCCUGAACCACACCAAGGAUUCUUCUCAAGAGCAUUGGAUCAGCGAUCACUGGCAUCGCAUGUCUCGGUGUCCAGAAUCGGUAUGGCCGGCACACUCUGCCCGCCUCUUCAUGUUGGACUGCAGACAGGAAUGCUCAUUCGAGGAUCAUCGCCAUUGCGGCCGCCGGGUGCGGCUCCGACUUCAUCGACGCGACAGUAUUCUUUCAAGAACAUGUCUAGCGGUGGUUCAGGCAUACUGACGAACAGGAACGAGAACAAUUGUAGCACCGAUGACGACAAGUGCCAACAGGGCAACGGUGCGGGCUCUGAUGACAAGGAGAACAAGCGUUGGUACGGUCAAGAGAUUGGACUGAACCUGUGGCAAACGACUUUGGGCGCAGCAGCACUCCUGGGCACAGGUUUCGGAUCAGGGAUGGUAAAGAAGGUCCACAACAGCAGUGUCCAAUUGCAUCCAAAGGAGCUGAUCAAAGACAACAAGGAGAAUGCUGUGUAGACCACGCCACUUACAAUAGUAAUAAAAAACAAAACAAAAAACAAUUGCA